AUGAGUUCGUGCAGCAGCCGUGCGUUGACCAUCCUGUCCACAGUGUUUGGAGCCUGCGGGCUGCUGCUGGUGGGGGUGGCCGUGUCUACAGACUACUGGCUGAUCAUGGUGGAGGGCAUCAUCCUACAGCAGAACCAGAGCAUGGAGGUGAAGAUGGCGCUGCAUUCAGGCCUCUGGAGAGUUUGCUUCGUGGCUGGAGCAGAAAACGGGAGAUGUGUUGCGUCAGAGUACUUCACUGAACCCGAUAUAGAGAUCACCACCGAAAACACUGCAAAUAUUCUCAAGAUGGUGCGGACAGCCACACCCUUCCCGAUGGUGUCGCUGCUCUUUGUCUUCACGGCCUUUGUCAUCAGUAACAUUGGACACAUCCGGCCUCAGCGCACCAUCCUGGCCUUUGUGUCCGGCAUCUUCUUCAUCCUGUCAGGCCUCAGUCUGGUGGUGGGCCUGGUGCUCUACAUCUCCAGUAUUAAUGAUGAGGUGAUGAACCGGCCUAGGGAGCCCGAGCAGUUCUUCAACUACCACUAUGGCUGGUCCUUCGCCUUCGCUGCCUCUUCCUUCUUACUCAAAGAGGGGGCCGGGGUAAUGUCAGUCUAUCUGUUUAUGAAGCGCUACGCAGAGGAAGAGAUGUACCGCCCCCACCCUGCACUCUACCGCCCCCGCCUGUCCGAGAGCAGUGACUACAGUGGCCAGUACCUCCACCCAGAAUCCUCCUGGCCUCCGCCAAAGCGAGGCCGUAGUGUCUCCAUAGCCUCCAGUGACAUCUCCAUUCAGCUCAACCAGGCACCCCCAGCGCCGCCCAAAAGCAACCCCCAAAAGGGCGGCCAGGGCAGCCCGCCUUCUGGGUCUUCUUACACAGGGAGCUACCAAAUGCCCCCGCAGUCUGCUGGUUACCCCUCCACGCACACCCUGCCCAGGUCGCACUCCUCACAUCCCCAAGGCCAGGCUCUUCCCAUGGCCAUGCCGCCAUCGCCUGUACCUCCACCUCACUAUCACACACACAUGCACAUGAGUGCCUCCCCAUGUUAG